AACUAGAGCUGAACUGCGAUCGGGUCUCGACCACGAACCCCUAUCUGGCCAUCAGGGCGAGAACGCCCAACGCCUCAUGAGGCAGGUCCUAAGGCUUGAGGUUACCACAUUCGUCGGAGUUGAUUCCCAUCUGCUCACUGUCUCCCUGCAGGUUAACCGCGUGAUAUGUUCGUGGGGCACGGUAUAAAAGUGUAUGCCUUUUUCUUCCAGCUGGGAAAGAUGUCGUAUCAUUUCCCCGGAAAUUUCAGCCAUUGUCGAUCAUUCCUCAUCACGCAAUUCAACUUCAACUUUCUGCCACCAUGAAACCAGUCUUUUUUCUAUCUUUGAUCGCCGGCCUUACCGUCUCCGUAGCGGAAGGCUCGGAACGUGCUAAGAGACAAGCACGAUGGUCUCGAUCGUCCUACGAAUCGGGCACGGCUCAUCCCUCGUUGAAACUUGAUAAGGUGGACUUGAAGCAACUUCCUGAAACCCUUAUCCAAGUAGACUCGAAGACCACCCCGGCUGCAGCCUUGUCAUCGCGCCAGUCUCCUGCUGGCAACUUCUAUGAGUGCAGAAACUCGAACCCUGUCCCCGCCGACUCUGACUGCAAUACCAUCAUCGAUGAGGUUCUCGCGCUGGACCAACCUCUCAUAGUAGCCACCAAUGCGUGCCUGACAUUCCAGUACGGUACCUGUUGGGGCUUCUUCUGCUCUCUAUGCCAGCAGCUAAGCACCGACACUACCUUUGUAGCCAAUGAGCUCGUUAAUGCCGAGUCUCUGUGUGUCGCUAACGGUCAGAUCGGUACGAUCGUCGGCGCUGACGCACCUCAGUGGCAGGCUGGGUUCGUCUACCAGGGCAGUAGUCUGCCUGACUAUGACGUCUGCUAGUGUGUCUGUUCGUGUGUAACUAUUUCUAGGAGGGAACAAUUAGGUUAUGGUCGGUGGUAGGGCGGUGGUUGUGGCGGCACAGUGACAUGGCGAAUAAGAUAAAGGAGUAGUGUAUAUUCAUAUUUAUAAACCUUCACAUCUUGAAGCUUUCGUAGCGUGAUGUGUACCUGUGAAGUAGAAGAACAAGAAGAGAACAAGACUUAGUAUUCGACAUGCUUCGGUCUAGUCUAGUCUAGUCCCCUUAAAUAAUCGUAUCUCACUUUUAACUCAUUGUCCAUGCCAUUCACUUUUUAGUAGAGAUUUUGAAGCGACGUGCCUCUCAUAUCUAACACAAUACGUCGGUCAUUGCAAAUAAAAAACAUAAUUU